ACUGCUUUUGGCAACGACAUUAGUUACUCAAUCGGUCGUUCUUUUUCUAAAGGUGGUUAGCAGUGUUGAUUUGGUGUAUAUAUUAUUAUUUAUUAGUUAUUCCUAAUAUUAAGAGAAAUCAUGGAUGUUUUUCUUAUGGUUCGCCGAAAGAAAACUACCAUUUUCCUGGAUGCUAAAGAAAAUACGACAGUGUAUGAACUGAAGAAAAUGGUUGAAGGUAUUACCAAAGUCCCUCCUGAAAAUCAAGAGUUAUACAAAGAUGAUGAGAUCAUGGAUCCGAGUAAAAUGUUAGGGGACUAUGGCUUAAAUUGUACCACCGCUAAAGCCCAAGCUCCAGCUCAAGUUGGUUUGGCUUAUAAAGAUAGUGAAACUUUGGGAUUUGAAAGCUUAGAGAUCACACCAUUGUCAAGCCCACCUGAAUUGCCAGAUGUCAUGAAACCCCCUGAAACACAAAAUCAUGAAACAACAAUGGCCUAAAAGAUUGUCACUCUUGAAGUUUGAUUGUUUUAAUUUUUUACAAAUUUUUCUCACAUGGCAUAUGUGUUUUGGACACUUUCGCUCUUAUUAAAGCCAUGAAGACAUGAGCAAGGGUCAAGUGUUUAUUUUUAAAGAAAUUAUUUGGAUAGUUGUUAUUCCAUAGUUCUAUCCUAUGUUUCUGUGAUAUGCCUUUCUUAAAAUAGAACUGUUUGUUUAACUAUAACUGUAAUCAUGGUCAUUUUGGUUUUUUUCUAACUUUGUAAUUUCCGCAUUGCAUUAAAUACUCUUAACUUGUGGGAAAUUUCUCAAAUAGUCUAAGCUUUGUAUACAAUAGCAAUAUGUUUACACCUUUCUGUGGAAUUUAAUGUUAAAAAAAUGUGAUUUAGUACUUAAUUGCUUUGUUUUAAUUAUAUAGUGGAAAUGGGAAAUUUUUGUACAAUUUCAAACUUAUUUAUUGCUAAACUAUUUAGGUAAAAUUUGUAAUUGUGCAUGAUUUAUUGCAUUAUUUUAAAAAUACUUCGCAUUUUUUAAAUUCUUCUGAUAAUUCUAUCUGCUGGGAUGCUUUUGGCCUUUUCUUUAAAUUUUAGCGGAAUUUAUGAGUUGUUGUGGAAUUUAACCUCUUUUUCUUAGUACAAUUUGUUUCAUUUUAUGUUCCUCAUAAGAAAUUUAUCCCAAUUUCAAUAUCUCUUUAGUAUAGGCAUAGUACAUAUUUUUUUUUUUAGAUAUUCAUAAGUUCUGCUUUAUAAUUGUUUCAUUCAUAUAUUUAUUUUGUGUGUAUUUAUCUAUGCCUUCAAUUAUUUUUCAUGUAACUUGAUAAUAAAGUAUGUUUUAAUACUUUACCAUUAUUAAAGUAAUACUUACAUAAUUCUGUGUGAUGAAUAAUAGUGUAAUAUAAACUGUAUAGAUUAAACUAUGUAUUUGUAAAGUAUAAAGAUUCAACUGAUUUAAACAACUUGUUUACUUGCACAGUUGUUUUAAAAUUUAUUUUAUUUUAAUAUAACAGUUACCAAGAUUUGCAUAAUACGUGUUAUUUUCUGUUAAAUGUUAAAAAAUAUUAAUUUUGUGUGUGUUGUAAUGAAUCUGUGCCUCUUUUAUUAGUUUUUGUGCAUUAAAGUGGCAUAACUUGAUCUGUUAAUGAUUUCUGUUUGCUGAGGUAAAUGUUUAUACUUCAUUUCUGUCUUUAUAUUUGUUUACAAGAUUCUUUAGCAGUCUUAUGUUGAUGUAAAAAUAUAUUCUGUAUACAUUGAAAAUAGUAAUAGUUGCUGAGUUUAUCAAAAUGCUAGAUGUAUUUAUUAAUAUUUUACUUCAUUGCUACCAAUGGAAGUAGCGAGUUCUUCAAUAACUUCGCCCUCACACCUUGGCAUUGAUAUGGAGUUAUAUUUUUACAUUAUUUCUUUUAAGAGAUAAUUUAAUUACUUUUUUGUUUAUUUUUAGAUUUGAUGGUAAUACUAGCCAAAUCUCUUAAAGGAUCGCUAUUAGACUGUGCAAAAUUUCUCUUUAUUUAAAUUUUUGUAACGUGAAACAACAUGGUUAAAGUUAUUUUUUUAAUCUAUUGUAUUUUCUAAAAACAGCACUGAUGUGUAUUUUCUUGUAUAGUUACGCAGCUUUCAUAUGAAUAAAACAUUUUUCCUUUUACUCAUA